CUAAAACCUGUGUACUUGUGUCACAGCCUGUAUUCUCGCAAAUAUCAAAAUAAAAAAAAAAUAAAAAUUAUAAUACUAUAAUUAUAAUAGAAUAUAUUUAAAGAAUGGCCGGAUUAGAGACACCAGCAAAAAGACGUAGAGUGAGAACCACUCAAAACCAAUACGAACUAUACAUCAAUAUGUUGGAAACAAAUAAAUAUUUUAGAGAGAACAAAGUUACUCCUGAUCACCCAAAUGAGCUCACCAAAUGUUGGGAGGACUUAGUUAAUAGUUUAAAUUCUAGUGGCGGACCUCAGAAAUCCUUAAAUGAAUGGAAGAGAGUUUUCGUAGAUUGGAAAAGCCAAGUCUGUAAAAGGGCAAGGAUAAUUAAAAACAGCUAUACUGAGACAGGAAAUAAAGGUGCAUCAAAACGCGAACUUUCCGAAAUUCAAAAAAACUACUAUAUCUGA